AUGCGGCGCAGGGUCUGCUCCCUGCAGACCGGGGCAGACACGGGCUGGGUCAAGGAGCGUGGCCUCAAAGUGUCAACCCGCCCCUGUAUUAUUUUCCAAGUGCUAACCUUUGCUAUCAAAGUCUCUAGAGGCACUUCUGGGGAAGCCCAUUUUAGAAAUCGAAGAGGAAUUCUAGAACUAGCUGGAGCCAUCAGAUGUACCACCGGCCGAUCUCCUUUUGCUUACCUCCGUUACGGAUGCUACUGCGGUCUGGGAGGAAGAGGCUGGCCCAAGGACAGAGUAGACUGGUGCUGCUUUAACCACGACUGCUGCUACGGGAAGGCAGAACAAGCAGGGUGUCACCCAAAGACAGAAAGUUACCGCUGGGAAUGCGAAGACCAUGCUGCUGUGUGUGAAUCACUAGAGGACAGAUGUCAAAAAAUGGCAUGUGAAUGUGACCGUGAAGCUGCCAGAUGUUUUUCUAAAGCUCCGUAUCACACAAAAUACCUUUUGUGGCCAGACUUCAUGUGUGGGGAGAUUCAGCCUUUGUGCAGGCAUUAG